AACCCUGCUAUAGCUAGCGAGAUGCAGUCAUGCCCUUCCCAACAUUCAUCUACGUCGUCAUGGCUAAAGGGGAAUCCCCGCGUAAAUCCCGACUGCGCCUGUCAAUUGAAUCGCAGUAACAGCCCGACGGAUCACCAUGCAUUCAGUGCGAGACUUCCUCCAACAAAUGUUGACCACGUGCACCCUGUAAACAGGCAGAAGGACAUGCUUGAUCGGACUUGUGAAGCAACACUGUCUGCAACUCUGGAGAAACUCAAGUGACACCAGGGUGACAUCAUUGAAGGUACCGUAUCUGAAUCAUUUUUACUUUGACAACAAUCCAAAGGUUUGACAAAAGUAAAAAUGUUUGAGAUAGAAACUCGGGACCGAAGCAGCAGCCCUAAUGGUGCCUCCAGUGAUGUCACACCUGCAAACCAGCAACUACAAGAUUAUGAAGACAGGAUUAAACGACUUGAAAAUGAAAACAAAGUACUCCAUGGAAGAAUAAGAGGAUACAAGACACUUGGUGAUUUACUGCAGGAAGCUAAAGAAGAGAACAAGAAGCUUGUAGUGGCACAAAGACAUUUGAAACAGAAACUUGAUAGUUGUACAUCGAUUAACGGAUCUGAGUUUGACUCCGACCUUCAUUCAACUUCACAGACUACUACAACCACCGUUAAACUGGAACCGACACAGAAUACCGACAUGAACAUGACCCAGAUAGCCGAGGCUGACGUUGAAGCUGUAUCUCAGAUGGGGCCUUCCCAUGAUCCCGGUGUGCCCACAAUCACCGAGAGAUCUGUCGCCAGCAACCGGGACAAUGCGGAGACCAGCGAGAUGCACGGGUCAAUAAGAGAGAUAACUCCUAUGCAGGAGUCUAUGGUGGAUACCCAAAACGACCUAUCUCGCACCGAAACAGGAAAGACCACCACCAAGGGUGGAAACAUGACCCAAAACUUGGAACUCGACUCCGAUCGAUAUGAGGAGCCAGAAUAUGAGAAGGUUGGCCACCAGAUGGCGUACAAGCCCGGCAGCAUGAGCAGUAUGUCUGUCAUCUCUUCUGGACCUGAUGAGAAGUAUAACUUCCCCUCCUUGUCAUCGGGAACUUCGCGAAGAGUCCAAGAUGUCAGACCAAAGACGUACCAAUGUCAGCCCAAUGAGUAUGAACUCCGACCUAUGGACUCGGAGCUCAGCGUGCAGAUGAAGUACAUGCUACAGAUGCACAGCACCGUUGAGGAACCAGAACUGGCAGCCAAGUUCCGCAAGAUGUCGGAGGACAUUGCGAAAACAGAGGAAGAUGCCAAAAGGUUCAAGAAUCUGGCCUACACCUUUGCCCAAGAGAACCAGCGGUUGAAGACGUCAACGGCCAUGGAGUUGAAGGAACUGAAGAACCAGAACUUCGAGCUCAGAGAGGAAAACAAGCGGCUCAUUAGCCGGAUCAAGAGGCUGGAACACGAUCGGGACCACCUGCCUGUCACCUCCGAGCCUCUCACGUCACAGACCCGGUUGGCAGACUGGGUGGCAGUAGAGACCCCACAGGGGAAGGCUGGCGUGGAAGGGGAGCUGUUCCAGCAGGGCCCAGACUCAUCACUUCCAGAGGACCUUGGCGCCGUCAUGUCCAACAUCCGAUGCCUGAAGAAAGAGAACAAAGAGCUGAAACAAGCCAAUCAGAGCUGGAAUAUCAGAUGGCAGGAACUGAACCGACAGUGGGAGCUGAAGGUGAAGGACAUGAGGUCACAGGUCGACUCCUACAAACAGGAAAUGACAGAACUGCAGAAGCGAGAGAAGCAGCUCCAACAGGACUGUGAGAAGAUGGUCCAGAAUGCCAAGACGAAGGCAUAUGAGGAGGAGACUGCGAAGGAAGAAGCGCUGAUGAGGUUCGACCAGUGCACAUACCAGAGGCGGAGUCUGCAGGAUCAGCUGGGUGAGCUCCAGGCCCGCUUGGAGACCGCGAUCCGGGACAAACACAGUUUGGAGGCGGAACUCGGUGUGCUCAAAUCUCGUUACCAAGGCAACAUGAGAAGUGGCCAGUUUGGGAUGGAACGAAGCAGAGAGGAUCUGACCACUGAGAUUGAGGUCCUGAGACAGCAGCUGACUGUGUUCGAGGAAGAUUUUGACCGCGAGAGACAAGACCGUGCUGCUGCCCAGUCUGCUAGGGAUGACCUUCAGACUACGCUGGAGAAGGUCAGAGAAGAGAAGGAACCCCUCACGCGUCGAACCAAGUUCCUGGAACAAAAGCUGAAGAGUCACGAGGCGACAAUGCAGCAGACCCUGCAGCGUAACGAGAGUCUGCAGACACAGCUCCGUGACCUCCAGAGUCAGAAUCGGCGACUGCAGGAGAGCAGCCUCCCACAGUUCCAGGGGAAUAUGAUGAACCAUACAUACCCACGCUACCAGAACCAGCCCACCUUCCAGAACAUGCCCAUGUACCCCAACACACCCAUACAGGGCUUCUCACCCCACGGACAGAUGGGCGGGGCAGGCUUCAUGCCACAGUCACCCCAAGCAUUCAACCAUCCACAAAUGAACAUGAACAAUCCGGCAUUCAUGCAGUAUGGCGCAGGGCCCCAGAUGGGAGGUGUCCCGAACUCACCGGUCAUCCAGAGUCAGUGGACAUGUGACUUCUGCACCUUCUCCAACAUCCCCAGCAGGACGGUGUGUGAGAUGUGUGGCAAGAUCAAGCGUCAACAGCAGACGGGGUACGCCUCAUCGGGAAAUGCUUCUACUGAACCGGUGCUGAUGUCCCGUGAUGUGAUCCACCCACCACCUCUGUCCAGAGGCCAAGACGUCCCGGACGAAAACGGAGACCUGGUCACCGAUAAUGGACUGUAAUAGUGAACACUUCUGUUGAAGUGAAAACACUCCCUAGAUGAGUUCUAGGCACUCCAUUUACAUAACUAAGUGGAGGCAGCACAGGGCAUCCCCUGCACGUCCUCCUGCUGGCAAGUUUGGGGAAACACAUGACAGAAUAUGACAGAGCCGAGCCAAGCCACAACCAGGGUGAACAACAUCGCACCUCACCAGACGAAUUGUGGAUGAGAAGAUGGAAUAUUUCUACGCUGCAGCACAUCAGCUUACAGAAAUACCAAGAUGGAUCAGCCAUAACACAAAUGGCCAGAACAGCCAGCCUGUUACCACAAUCAUCAUCUUUCUGUGGUUAAGGAAAUGCUGAUCCGGAAUAGGGCUCCAAGCUGGCUACACUGUAUGUGCACACCAUGAAGAUGUGGGGCAUACUCUCCCCAAGAGCUGAUGUGUAAAGAUCUUGCCCGGAUCACUACACCCAGUUCAAGGGUCAGGAGUCUCGUGGUACGCUGGUGACUCAGGUGUAGCUUGUGAGGUGAAACGCAAGGGUUCUGUCAUGAUUUUCCCAAAUUUUGUAACAGCCUUUCUUGCCCUCAGCUUUCUUAUUUACCCACAACGUUUACUGAUGACGGACAGUUAAUUCGAAAGCUGACCGCAGAAGAAAGGCACGUUGGAAUACACAAAGCCCCAUGUGUACCACCAGCUUUUAAUGAAGCUAAAUCUUCCAUAUUUCUUAACUUUUUUGUUUGCUCAGGGAUUUUUAUUUCAUUAUAUAUGAUUUUGAUUAUUAAGAGCAAAAUGCUCCUCGGGGUAACUCAUUAGUUUGUUCUAUCAAAGUAUGAUUUUGUUAAUGUAGUUCCUUUCUGUUCUAUAGUUAGAAUAUCACAGGGUGACUAUGAUAACGUUGACAAAUAUUUCCCCAUCAGACAAACAGGUGUUCAAGUUGUCAGUGUGUUAAGUAUGUCUGUAUAAACAUGUACAACAUGAGGUAGAGUUGGAGACUAUAGCUCUCGUACAGAACGGGAUUCCAACACUGAAAUGCAAAAAUGCUUGUGGCGAAAUGUACAAAAUGAUGUUAAUCUGUGUUCGUGAGAAACUAAAAACACAAACCUACUCAUGGACAGAGAUUGGUGUUAUUCUGUAUGAUUCUUUCUGAGUAUAGCUGAUGCUUGUGUUUCCGAUCCCAAACAUUGUUGUUGAUCUGUAGUCUCAGAGUCUGCCUUGUGUGUACAGCUUCAUCAGGAUGGCUUCAUGCCCUGCAUCAUUUUGCAUAGUUGAGUCGAUGCACAGAAACGUUUUCUCGAAGGAAUUAUUUAAUUUCUGGAUUGAUAUUCCUCAUGUAAGUCUGCUUAAAACUGUCAUGGAUAGAACCAAGCUGUUUUCAUCUCUUCAUCUUUCGCUGUACGUAGAUGUACGUAUAUUCAUGAAACAUCAGUUCAUAUUUGAAUACGAAGGAAGGCGAUUUUGUUUACUAUUUAACUGUUUAUCAUGUUUAUCAUACAGUUCAAUGAUAUGUGAAGUAAAAGUUGAAAUUGUAUGACCAACAUUAUCGUAUAUACAUUCAUGAAGUAUCUGGGUUUGACACUGAUUCAAAGAUCACAGGUGCUUGAUGACAAAAGUAUCAUAAUCAAGAGCCUGUGUGAGAACUUGCGUUGGAAGCCUUACUCCAGUCGAUAUAGAUUUGUAUGCUGUAGUUGCAUAUAUGUUAACCAUAAAUUGAUGAAUGAUGUGUGACUAGUGCCUUGAUAUUAUAAUACCACUAUAUGCUUGGUUCUUUCUGUUGAUAAUUCAAAGUAGCAACAAUAUCUCAAAAUGAAACAUUAUUAUCAUGAAGCGACCUAUUUAACUUAAUAAUAUAUAUUCAUAAUAAUUAAUUCAAUCCUGUUUUACUUCCCUUAUAUGCCCUUAAUGUAAGAUGUGGACUAUUAAAGCCGAUCAUAACCACGCAGUACGUUGGCUAUGAAUGUAUCUGGUGAUCCCCACUUCUCUGAUGUUUGUGUAGAAUAUUCUGUGUACAAUGUUGUCAUAGUCACCCAUGGUAAAAGAUGUCCAUAUUAUUGUUUGAAAUAUUGCUAACAGAAUUGUUCACUAGAAUAUCCCCCGGACUCUACAAGAUAGCAUGAAAUGUUUGUUGAUCUCAGAGUGUAAUACAAUAUAUUUCAAACAAAGCUGAAUGUGAAAUUUAUACCCAUUUUAAACAGUGGAACCAUGUAUGACCAUGUUAAAUGUAACUGAUAACAUACAUAUAUACAUGGUGACCUAUGUGAAAGCAAACCCCAAACAGCAUCCAUUAUUUUAAGUUGUUGACUCUACUUUUGUUGGACAUGGAUGCAAUAAUGUUUAGGGGCAUACGUUCUGAGAUGUGUAAGCAGAUCAUGCAUGAUUCACAUCAAACUGAAGACAACAACAAACUGAAGACUGAAGAAAUGAGUGUCAGCCUGCAAUGCUGGACAACAGUGGACGUAUACAACACUACAUUCAGCGGGAUAACGUUUCUCCCUGGUGUAGUCGCCUUUCAACAGAUUGAUACAGCUUGUGCGUUAAGUAUCACUUUUAAUUGCUGAACAAACUGCCAAUUUAAACCCCUGAAGUUUCUGGUCAGUAAAUGUUGAAUUUCUAUUGAAUUCAUUAUGACAGGCAGACCAGGAAAUUCUCACAUUAUUAAAUGAAAAUAAGUCCCAUCACUGCCAAAUAUUUCAAAAGUUGAACAGGAUGUAUUGGUAUUUUUGUUUGCCUUAAUGCUGGAUACAAUCCUAGAAAGGAAGCUCUGUGAUACAUGAACAUGUCAAUCAUAACCGGAUUUACCCUAGUUUCGUGUCAGAGGACACUGAACUUGACGAUGUCUACUACAUUCAUUAACAAGUAUCAAGUAUCAAGUUUCUUAUGUUUGAAGAAAAACGUGUUGGAUCACAUGUGCCAGCUAUGAGUGAUGUUUAAACAUCAUGGUCUUAUAUAGAUAUUAUUGGCUUCUUGUUGUGCAGUGCCAUGUGAAUUAACAAGAUUUAAUUGUCAAUGUGGAUUAUUUAACCACUCUAUUGUUGUGUAUGUUGUAGUAAACUCCUUGUAGACAAGCUGGUUGCAGGAUGACUCACUGGAGGCCUAUAGCAACUUGUAGUUUGCACAGAUGCAUUUUCCUAUUCUCUUUAUUGCUUAUAUUAACAAUCAUUUAUAAAGACAAGAGCUUACUUAGCAUUUCAACUUUGUUAUUCCACCAAUUCAAUGUUUCAGAACAUUUGCUUGUACUUUUAUUAAUUGUAUCUGGUUGAUAAGAAUAAAGAGGAUGAAAUCCAUGUCAACUCUGUCUUCAGCUUCUUAGAUGCCAUGUAAAGAGCAUUAUUUAGCAUCUCAUUAGCACCUUCCUCAUAUGUCUCUGUCACAGGCUUUUGCCACAGUUUCAAGAUUCAGUAGACAGGGAAAGAAAAUGUACCUAUGUCAUGUUUUAUGUCAUGUCCGUUUUGUUUGCACAGGUGAUAAACAGAGUAUUUUUUGUGUCAUGGGAAACUGGCUAAUGAUACACAGAGUUUCUUGUGUCAAGAGGAAACUGGCUAAUGAUACACAGAGUUUCUUGUGUCAAGUGGAAACUGGCUAAUGAUACACAGAGUUUCUUGUGUCAAGGGGAAACUGGCUAAUGAUACACAGAGUUUCUUGUGUCAAGGGGAAACUGGCUAAUGAUACACAGAGUUUCUUGUGUCAAGGGGGAACUGGCUAAUGAUACACAGAGUUUCUUGUGUCAAGGGGAAACUGGCUAAUGAUACACAGAGUUUCUUGUGUCAAGGGGAAACUGGCUAAUGAUACACAGAGUUUCUUGUGUCAAGGGGGAACUGGCUAAUGAUACACAGAGUUUCUUGUGUCAAGGGGAAACUGGCUAAUGAUACACAGAGUUUCUUGUGUCAAGGGGAAACUGGCUAAUGAUACACAGAGUUUCUUGUGUCAAGGGGAAACUGGCUAAUGAUACACAAGAGUUUCUUGUGUCAAGGGGAAACUGGCUAAUGAUACACAGAGUUUCUUGUGUCAAGGGGGAAUUGGCUAAUGAUACACAGAGUUUCUUGUGUCAAGGGGAAACUGGCUAAUGAUACACAGAGUUUCUUGUGUCAAGGGGAAACUGGCUAAUGAUACACAGAGUUUCUUGUGUCAAGGGGAAACUGGCUAAUGAUACACAGAGUUUCUUGUGUCAAGGGGGAACUGGCUAAUGAUACACAGAGUUUCUUGUGUCAAGGGGAAACUGGCUAAUGAUACACAGAGUUUCUUGUAUCAUGGGAAACUAGCUUAUGAUAAAUAGAGUUUCUUUUGUCAUGGGAAACUGGCAAAUGAUAAACAGAGUUUCUUGUGUCAUGGGAAACUGGCUAAUGAUAAACAGAGUUUCUGAUGUCAUGGGAAAAUGGCUAAUGAUAAACAGAAUUUCUUGUGUCAUGGGGAAAAUGGCAGAUUCCGUCAUUAAAGCAAAUGUGUUCAUUACCAGUGCAAAUGAAACCGGCCUGACAGAGGGGAAUAUAAAUAUUGAUAAGUAAUUAUUAAAUUACUCUUUUUAAGUCUAUCUGUAUAACCUCUGUCCAGUUAGUCUUGAUUUUUGUGACAGUUGUAAUGCUUUUAUUUGCAGUUUAUCGUAAUGCUUGUAUUAGUUAGCAUCAGGAAAAUAUGUUAUAUAAUGAGUCGUUUUGAAAGAAUUGUGUCAUUUUGAUUUGUUGGUGAUGGUGUUUUUGUAAACACUUGUAUCUGUGCCAUUUCUCCCAAAAAUAAUUAUCGAGAUAAGCUACUUGGAAAAAUUCAGAUGGCACAAUUCUUAUUUAUGUGAUCAAGUCUGUGGCUUGAGGUCUUUGAAAUAUGCCAAAGAUGACAGAAACAAUCUCUCUUUAUAGCAAUUGAGAUGUUUUGCAUAUAAACGGAAAGGUAGGUUAUGUGCAGAAAAAUACAAAUCAAAUAUGACACAAGGUUUAGUGUAAUAUUCUUCAGAUAUAAUUAUGUUGUUUUAAUUUCAUAUUAUCAAAUGACAAAUGAUGGGUUUGGAAGAAAACCCUUGUGCAAUGCUUUGUCAAGUACAAUUACUGCACUAUGUUAACACUUUGAAUGACCCUCACUACCUGAAAUGUACAAAAAGAAAGUCAUAAUUUGACUUAAAACAAAUGAUUUGGGUGCUAAGUCAAAUGUUUUGUUCUCAACUUGUAAGAGUUGAUUUUGAUAUUUCUGAGAUAAUCCAUUAUUAUUUGAUAACCUUUCACAGAGUAUACCUAUUUACUCCAUUGUGGAAAUACUGAUAUAAUUCGGUUUGGGAAUGUUUAUCAAUAUAAAAGGCAUGUGGGUCUUCGUUUUGUCUGUUUGCAAACACUGUAUACUGUUUAUUCGUAUUUAUCGUAUCAGUAAUGAAAAUAAAACCUUGUCCUUCCUUU